AUGGAGCCAGAUCCCGAUCAGCUACCUGCGCCCUCAUCUUUGAAUCGGGAUACUGUGAAGCUGGAGCCGGAAAGUAUGAUGUCUAUGGAGCCAGAUCCCGAUCAGCUACCUGAGCCCUCAUCUUUGAAUCGGGAUACCGUGAAGCUGGAGCCAGAAAGUAUGAGGUCUAUACCCUCAUUAGCACCUGACCGACGAUCUUGUGUCUCAAACCUAUCACGCUAUGUGGAAGGUAUCGAAAUCAUCGAUGCAGACUUGGAUUGCCUACGAAGUAAAGGCAUUAGAGUCACUGGAACGGUCAUGAAUGCCUACGCCAGUCUUGUACCUGAUAAGGACAGCAGUUUGACUCGAGCAGGAUGCAUUAUUCUGAGCUCAUUUAUCCCCAACUUGAUUCGUGGUGAAACCUCGUGUAACACUACCCUAGAAAAAAGUGUCCCUGUGAGGUCCAAAAACAAGAUUCUCGCCUCCAGGUGUUGGGCUUUUCCACUGUGCGGAGGGUCUCCCCCCCAUUGGGUCUUGGGUUGGGUCGACUGGCCAGCUCAUGAAAUAGGGUUCUUUGAUAGUCUGGGCACCAAUCACGAAUGGGCAGACCAGGAUUUGUGUCUAGCUGCAGCGGGCGUGGAGCACUGGCUUAAAUACCACCAGUAUCCAGACAUCAAGUCACUAAAUGAUCGAUUCAAAGAUUGGACACGACAACACCACGCUCCACCGAAAAAUCAGAGACAGGGAGAUAGUUGGUCUUGCGGUUUUUUUGUGAUGAUGGCAAUGCAUAGAUUGUCAGACUUGGAUUUCUCACAUAUACGCCGAGAUAAAGUGAAUACCACACGGUUGUCGGCUCUGCGGGCCAUAGAGAAAAUCCGUUUGGUCGUAGUACCCCUCCGUCAUAGAAAACGUCGUAUGGGACCCAAUGAAGAAAAUUUAGCACCUCAGGAACCUCCAACUUCGUCUUCCAUCCUCAGGCACAAUAUCAUUUCCAGGGCCCCUGAGGGUGGAGAGGUUCAGAAAAUUAUAGACACUAUUUUAAAUGCCAAAAGAUUGGUUGUUUUUUGUGGUCUAGGUGCAUCCGUUCUUCCUGGACUCUCAGGUUCAUCCCUGGGUGAUCUGCUUGGAUUAUUGCGUCCCAUUAUUUGGCAGGACCGGGCACAAUCAUCGCCGGUGUUUCAGACCGUGUUGCAUCACCUGAAUAACCCCUGUGUCGAAAACCAGUUUUAUCCGGCCAUGCAUGCUUUAGAUCGACGUGGCAAUCUUCUGCGAGUUUAUACUCAUAAUAUCAAUGCCAUGGAAAAGACUGCCGGGCUGUUGACAUUCGGAGUUCCAAGCGUGGACCAGAUAGGCCAACCUGACUGCCCACGAUGCAUCCCAUUAUUGGGACGCCUGGACCAGAUGUCUUGUACUCUUUGCUGCAAAGUCGCAUCAACAACCAGUUUUAUGGAUCAGUCCACUUCAAAUGGGCUUCCAGUAUGUGUUCACUGUCAAGCUCGUGGCUGUGUUGGACACCAGGGUAUUUGGCGUCCAAAAAUUGCGGUUUGUAAAGAGGAGCACCCGGACUUGAAUCUUGUCGUUACCCAUGAUGAGAAACAGGUGGAUGUGGUGUUGGCCAUAGGAGUCCAACAAGUCCCUGAUGAUAGCCUCCCUGACAUUGUCAUGAAAUUGUCCCAAGCCGCCCGGUCAAGAGCCCAGGAUGGAGCACUCUCAUCCAUCAUGAUUGACCUUGAGGUCCCAGCUCAUGAGAGGCCUGGAAUCCAAGACCUAUUUCAGGUUUGCCUGGAAUUGGACCCACAACACUUGUUUGCUAGAGUUGUUGAGGCGGCCCAUGAGGCUGCUGCCAAUGACCUCCAUAGCAAUACAAUGCUGAUACACAAGACAGUGGCAUGCAUGGGCUUGCCAAUUGAUGAUGGUGAGGAGCAUAAUGAGGAGGCAUUAUUGAUGUCGCUGCCUCCUUGGCAUUUCCCCUCCCCUUAG